CCUGUGCAAACGGCGGCGCGCACCAUCGCCCGCUCCCGUGACGCAGCGCAUCCCCGUGCUGCACAGAUGCCGGAGUGGAAGCGACAGGCGCGCUCAUCCAAACGCAUCGAACACAGGGGACGUGGGAGAAGAUCGUCCGAUUUGCGUCCGUCUAAGAGCUCCAGACCGCGGGGAACGAUGCUCGGAACAAGUCGCUCGGUGGGAAGCAGGACUUAAAAAGCUGCGGAACACUUUUAUCUUUACUCUCUCUUUCCCUUUUCCUUAUCCCCCACUCCGAUAAUAAUCAAGAUUCCGGGCAGUCGCCGUCCAGUUUUCUCGAUCACUGAGAAUUUAGUUCCAGUUUCACGACAGGUCGGUGUUUCGUUUGGACACGAUGUGGAAGCCGGGAACCCUCCUCCUGCUGUUGCUGUGGCUGGCAUCCGGCGAACUCCAGCAAGAGACGGAGCCGCGGAGACUCCCACCCCCAGGAAAGUUGAAUUUCGGCUAUGUGCCAGCGGGAGUUUACGAGACGCUGGCCCAUUACGAACCUGGACCGAUAGGGAUUCUGUUCCACAUGGUCCAUGCUUUCCUGUAUGCGGUGCAACCCAACGCUUUUCCACACGAUCUUAUUGUCAAACUGGCAAAGGACAAGUUUGGAGCCAUUCAGACGGAAUAUCAAAAGCCAGAGAACAUAGUGCUGACCCUUCAGGCCAUCUACUACGAGAUAGGCUUCCUAGUUUGUGCAGCAGUGGGCCUGCUCUUUACCAUUCUGAUGCCAAUAGUCGGACUCUUCUUCUGCAUGUGCCGCUGCUGUGACAACUGUGGUGGUGAGAUGCACCAACGCCAGAGGAAGAAUGCAGACUGCCGGCGUGGCCUCCUGGGAACGCUGCUCUUCUCCACCUCACUGGUCAUCACGAUUGGAGUGCUGUGUGCGUAUGCCGCCAACCAGAACCUGAGCUCUCAGGUGAAGAACGUACGGAGACUGGUCAACAGCAACAUGAGGGAUCUGCACACCUUCGCUAACGACACACCGAUGCAAAUUGAUUACCUAAUAUCCCAGUAUGCCACGGCCAAGAACAAAGUCAUCUAUGACCUAGAUAACAUAGGCCCAUUAUUGGGUGGAAGAAUACAUGAUCAGUUGGAUAAGGAGGUCCGUCCUGCCUUGGACCAAGUCCUCAAUAUGGCUGGAGUGAAAAUCGAGAGGGCCAUUAAAGCCAUGCGAGAAACCAAGGAGGCCUUGGAGAGCGUUAAUGCAUCUCUGGAGGUGCUUCAGGAUGGAACAGGGAAACUGAGCCUAAACCUGGGCCAAGUCCGGACCAGCAUCAACCGCACCCUAAAUGACCCUGGCUGCCAUGAUGAAGACUCAGAUGCUACCACAGCCCAGCUAUGCCGCAACAUUCGCCAGUCGCUGUCCCAGCUGCAGAUCAGCUCAAAUUUCACACGGCUACCCGAUGUGAAUGCACAGCUGGAAAAGAUGAACGAUGUAUUGAAAACAGACCUCAGCGCUGUCGUUCAGAGGGGCUUCUCCUCUUUGAAUGACACGCCGCAUAUGGUGAUUGAACAGACCAGAAGUGUUGUUGAGAGUGUAACAAAUUUGGUGGAUAGCAUUGGCAAUAACAUCAGCAGCUUUUCCAAGGCAUUCCCAGUGCAGAGCUGCCUGUCCAACUUCACCAUCUUCGUUAACCAUGUGCACGCCAAGAUUGAAGACUACUACCCAGAAAUUGACAAAAUGGACUUCUACAGGUGGAUUGGCUGCAUUGCUCUUUGUUGCAUGGUGGUCCUGGUCCUGGCCUUCAACUACCUGGGCCUGCUGUGCGGAACGCUGGGCUAUGACAAACAUGCCUCACCUACAACACGGGGCUGCAUCUCCAAUACAGGAGGAACGAUGCUUAUGGCUGGAGUUGGAUUUAGCUUCCUCUUCUCCUGGGUACUGAUGGGAGUGGUGACCAUCAUCUUCCUGGCUGGAGGGAACAUGGAGAAACUUGUGUGUGAACCAUUCCACACCAAAGAGCUUUUCAAGGUUGUGGAUACUCCAUAUAUGAUCAACCCAGAGUGGAAGAACUUCAUCCCUGGCUACAUGUACAACGACUCUGAGCUGAAGCUGACAACAGAGAGCUUAUACAGUACUUGCAAAAAGAACCAAGGCAUCUACUCUGCCAUGCGUCUGGACAAAGUCUUCAAUAUUUCCUCUUACCUGAACACCACAGUGUUCACAAAGGAUGUGGUCAGUCAGCUGGACAGUCUUAAGAUCGACUUGAGAGGCAUAAUCCUGUUGGAGGCAGAAGGAAGGCAGAACCUCCUGGAUUUCUCUGAAGCAGGGCUGUCAGAGAUCAACUACGCCGACUACCUGGAGGAGGUGAAUAAGGGGGUCACUGUAGUGGAUCUACUCUCAUUUGCCAGAGAACUGGAGGCCCAGACAGACCUGAUGCCCAAAAGUAAUCUGCAGUCUGCUCUGAAAGGCCACGUUGGCACUCUGCGGCAGAUCCACAGGCAACAGAUCGUCCCAAUGGAGCAAUCCAUGAAGUAUGUUAGAGCAAGGAGUGCGCUGAACCAGAGUAUGAGGUUCCUGGAAAGAACAGCCUCUGAUCUUCCUAACAAAAUCUUAGCUGUUCUUGAUGCCAUCAAAGCUGCACAGUUCCUCAUCUCGCAGAACGCUACGCAUUUAAUAAAUCGGGAGUCCAGAAAGUACACCACCACCAUUAUUGGCUACUUUCAUCAAUACAUUGAAUGGGUGAAAACAUCUCUGGCCAUGGAAGUUGCACCAUGCAAGCCCUUCAGCAACAUGGUGGACACAGCUGAAAUCAUGGCUUGCAGUUUCGUGGUUGACUCUAUGAACACUUUCUGGAUGGGCCUGGGCUGCAGCACUCUCCUCCUGCUGCCGAGCAUUAUUCUAGCAGUAAAACUGGCCAAGUACUACCGCAGGAUGGACACAGAGGAUGUUUACGAUGACACUGAGACAAUUCCCAUGAAAACUAUGGAAAUUGGUAAUAAUGGUUAUCAUAGUGAGCGCUUACAAGGUAUUCCUAAUCCUAUGAUGACAAGGUAAACAUUACAUUAAUCCUGUUAACUGCAUGUGAUGGUGGAGGUGGAAGCAUGCCGGAGGAGCUUGGCCUGGCAUAGUGCAAGACUGCAGGGGAGCUGAUUCAUUGCAUGUACAUGUGUGGACAUAUUGAAUAUCUGGAGGUCAUAAAAUUAAAAUAAUAUGAAAGCUGAAAAGUAAUGGCAGCAAAAAACUUAAAAACUUAAAAAGGCCAGCAGAGUAUUAUCAGCAAAUUGUGUGAUUUAUUGCAGUAUCUAGAUUCUGUAGGAUUAGAGGAGAACAGGAUGGUAGCACCAUGACUUCUGUGCAAGCACUGAGCAAUGCAAGAGGUACUAGUUUACCUUAAAGGCUGGAAGUAAAGGAAAAUGGAUAGCCUGGCUUUGUGUAAGAUGAAAUAAAUCUAAUUACCCGUACCUCUAAUGCUCAACUAUUAUGCAAAACAACCAGUGUUGUAGGUGGAGGAGUAAAAGUGCUUUACAUAGAAUUAAAGUUUUGGUAACUAAAGGACAAAUGAAAGGUCUCGUUUAAACUACAGUAUUAUUAUUACAGUAUUAUUUAUUAAGAUACUAAAGUGUUGUGGUUGGUUGAUGUAGUUUUUCUUCUUCCACCACCUUUAAUGUUUUUAGUUAGAUGUUUACUUAGGAACUGCUGCGAUUGCUUUUCACUUUCUCAUUUUGCCAGUUUUUCACUUUGUGUUAUAUGAGGAAUAUGUUACUAACUAGGCAUGCUCUCUGUGCACACUGGGACGUUCUUGUGGAGUGAAGAAUCUUCCUCUUUCCUCUCGUUCAGAGUCAGCCAAAGUCCGAUGAAUGUACACCUGAUCAUUAUGUUCAGAGAGAGCAUCCCUACCUAUGAUACUAUGAACAGGUUCCCGCGGGCCUCGGCUCCUCCGAGGCACAUCGACUGGUGACAGAGCCGCCUCUUGUUCUGGCUCCUGAAAGCUUGUUUUAGUGCAUUUCUGCUCACUGAAGAACCAUCAUGUGCCCUCGAAAACUGGAACUGAAAUACGUCAUACUUUUAAUUUCCUAAAUCCUUGGACCAGAUGAGGCUCAGUGAAAGCUGGUUUCCUCACAACAAAAGAACAAUUGCCCUGCAGGCGUUAUCUUCAGCGAUGAACCGAACCUUCUCGGCCUUCAGUACGGUUACAGCCUGCAGGAUAUCAAACUCUUUCCCCCUCAGCAUCAAUCUGAGCCAGGCUUGUUCUGCAUUUUUUGUAAAGGACUGCUUUGUCUGCGUUUACAUUUGUUCAGAUAUGAAACAAAGCAGAAAAAUAUUCAGUGACAGGACAUGACAUUAACUGUGAUGCUUGUUCAUUUUAAUGUGCUUCUUUGUGCUUACGAAAACAAAAGCUGGAAGGUCAGACGAAAUAACUGCAAGCAGAGGACUCUUUAUUUUUCCUUCUCCUGCUUCCUGCAUUUAAAAAGGGAUGUGACACUUUCAACUCAAACUAGUGGCAGUGUGUCAUUACAUCUGUGAUGAAUGCAAAUUAACGAUAACAGCCUGUUAAAAAGUGUUGAACAGUGCACAUACUUUUUUUAAGUGCAGCAUGUGUGAAGUGGUGGAUCUGUGGUGUCUUCAUGAUUGAGAAUUUGAAUAAAGUGGUAAAAUAGAGGUUAGAGGGUAUUCUACAAAAAAAUUAGUCUCUUUAAAAUGUUUACAAUAUCACAGAAACGUUUAUCUUUGCUGGUUUGAUGCGCAUUACAAAAGACUGGUUGCCUUUGUAUGGAGUUUGAGAGCUGCUACUUUUUAAAAGAGGAAAUCUUCCAACAGCUAAUCUUACACUGCUGAAAAUCAUCAAUCUGGGAGUUAUUUGUGCAGUAAAGAUCCAAACUGUACUCUUUUUCCUAGAAUACCUAUCUUCCCUUACCCUGUGUCAUCCACAUCUACAGGUGGCAAUUCUCUACAUUUUUCCAGAAUGCCUUUUAAACAAGUCAUUUGUAUCCAGUAGGGAUGUAAAAUUACUUUAUUUCAAAAAGAUGAAAUGAAAUGUGACAAACUGAUUCUGUAAUGCUUUCUACUGUGACGAUGAUGUCCGUAGUAUGUUUUGCUCAUGCAUUAUCUUCCCAGGGUGUCAAACACUGCCAUUCUGUCUGUGGCUGCUGGCCUCUUUGAUCCGUGCGAGGUGUUCUGUGGUGUUAAUAUGGAGAUGCACUGACUGUAAUAUUUGAUACUGAGAGACAAGGAUAUUAAUCUUUAUUAUGUGGGAGGCAAUGUGGUGAUGAUGUAAAUUACAGGUUUUUCAGUGUUUGUGUUUCAUGUCCAUUUUGUUGUCAUUUUACGUUCACCUUCACUGGGUGCUUGGUCGGGUUUAGGCACGAGAACUAGCUGGUUAUUUUUAGGAAAAGAUGGCCGUUUUGAUUAAAAUACUCCCCUUCAACAACGCUGCAACUUGAAAAAAUGAUAUUGUUUGGACUCUUGUAAUUAAGAGUCCAUAUAGCAACACUCAUCUCACUAUUAGCCAGUGCGUCUCAGUACUAACGUCCUACAUUCAAAAUGUACAUCUCAGAAAAAAUUACUGUAUUUGAUGCCCUGGGAAUAAGAUUGCUCCAGUUCAAAUUCUGAAUACGUUUUAAACUAUUAGAUUCCAAUUUUUAAUCUUUUAGGUUUUAAAUGCUUCCUGAUGUGUCAAUGAAACCUCAUAGAUUAGGUAAGCUGGUUUUUUAAUGGUACUAUGGGGGCAGAAAUGUUGGGGCUAACCCCCCACCUCCUCGGCCCUUGUUUUGGUAAUCAUUUCUGGAUAUCUCAGGUAUACAAGAACCUUGAGGAAGUCUCACCCCCAAAUAGCAUGUUACUGUUGUGGACAGACCUUUAACACCAUAAAACAAAAUGACACCAGUUUUUUUUUCCAGCAGUGUAAGCUUUUUUUUAGGUGGAUUUUCCCUUUAAAUCAUAUACUAAAUUCAAAACACAAACAGACAAAUGUCUGGCUUUUAGGUUCCCUGUGUGGCAGAUUGAGUCCUUUGUCACAUGGGACCAAGUUUUGUUGAGUUCACUAACAUAAUAUUUUUAUUAUGAUUUGUUUUUUCAUAGUGGUGAUACUUUUACAGUGGAGAAUAAUUCUCAAGCCAAAUCUUUCUUUCUGUCUUUUUUUUUUAAACUGUAGUUCUCAGGUCUUUAGGGGUCUAUCAACUAUGUGCUUAUUUUGUUCCUCUGCUUUGUAUAAACCCACAGUAGCUAUGGAUACAUUUAAAGCUAUGAAAAAAGUGAAUGUAUUCAAGAGCUAUUUUCUUUUUAUUUCACAUUGCUUGAUAUGGAAGUUGAGAAAUAUGCUGAAAUCUAUGUGUAACGCAACGGGCAAACACAUCCAGCUGUCCCACUCUCUUUGCCCUUAUGUUUACAGGUUAGAUUUGCAGCUGCUGUUAGCAAAGUAAUGAUGGCGGAAAAAAAAUUUGACAAUCCAUGAUUGGGAAUAGUGAGUGCUGUCAAUCAAGAGUAGAAAAAUAAGCAUGCUUCAUGUUUUGCACAGCAUGGUGUUGAUGCACACUGUCAAAAAAAUGUCCAUCUUAACACUGAAACAUAUAUUUCUGUUAACAUAGCACAGUUGUUCUUUAAAGUACCACACAAUCACUAAUUUAUGGGAAAAUAAAAGUUAUUAUGAUAAGUAUAUUUGUCUCUAAGAUUGGCAUCAAUGAAUUAGCGUCAGAAAUAGGACUAAAAUAUCCAGUUUAUUUAUCUUAUUUCAAUAUUUUAUUUUCCAUAGCUCUGUUAUUGUAAACCAGGGCUAAGUGAUGAUGAGAAAAGAAAUACUCUGUAUAGAUAAACCUAAAUUAUGAUGUAGUAAUAGAACAUAUUUGCAGUGUAGGAAACUCCCAGCAUCAAGAUGAACUUUCUGAAUUAUAUUGAACUUUAAACACAGACUGGCUUCUAUUGAGUCACUGAUAUUCUUUUUAUUUUGAGACACAUUUCUUGUUAAAAUGGACAUUUUUGAAGUAUCCGUGUGCUCACAGGACUAUCAUUGGGUUUCUGUGAAAGUUUGGAUGUGAGAGAAAAAUGUUUGAAUUUACUAAGUGCUUACACUAGAUAUCCUGUAUGCUAACCCUGGAUGGAUCAGAUACAGCGGUAACUGGUUUGAACUGUGAUGCUCCAAAGUUGGGCACUGGUGGAGCCACUAAAGAGUAGGUUUAUAUGAUGUGAUGGAAAGAAAGUGUAUAAAUUGUGAAUAAAGUUUUAAAAUCCAAA